CCCACGGAUGUUGAUUGAACGCGAUUGAAAGAGAGCAUCCAAGGUGCUGCAUUUAAUGCCAGACCUAACUACGGAGGUGUGUCGAUGACAAACCUAAUGAUCUAAAUCUUUCCGGACAGAUGACGCCCGACGUCAACUAAAUCAAGCCUGGAGUUCGGUCCAGGCCGGAUUCUUCACUUUCGCUCGGCUCAAACAUGGCUCUGUCAUUCCUUUUGGUCUUAGCAGCAACAGUGAUUCUUAUCAGACCGGAGACACCUGUAACCAAGGCUCUACGUCAUAACUCACUUGAGUGCUGCAGUGACAAACAGAAGAUAAACAGCUCGUGUUCAAAUGACACUCGUUGCGAACCAGGCUGCUUCUUCCGUGUCCUCGAGGGCAGCAACACUGUUUGCAUAUUAUGUGAGCCUGCCGCCAUAGACUCGGAAAAUGUAACGAGCUGCACCUACAACUACACGAUGGACAGGAGAAACUAUACAACGGUCACAACUGUAAUGCCUAAAAUUGUAUUCCCCUUUAAAUGUUCCAGUGAAGAACAGAAUGAUCGAUUGUCAAUUCCCAAUGCGUUACGUGAAGGUGGCGCAGGCGUGGCAGUCUCCCUUCUUUUUGGAACGCUGUUGAUCAGCCUGUUCUUGAUCCUCUCUGUUGCCUCCUUCUUCUACCUCAAGCGCUCCCAUCGACUUCCAAAUAUCUUCUACCGUCGCAACAAGGCCUUUAUAUUCCAACCAAGUGAGACGGCUGUGAUGAUUCCUUCCUCUACAGCGAGAAAGCAACGAUACGUCAGACGGGAGCGUCCCCCCACCACAUCAAGUAGCAACAUCACACCCACCGCAACCACCACGAGGGUCGACGACGUUUAGGAGGAACGAGCCAAUGUGAGAGUUUGUCAUCGAAAGAUGUCCCGUUUUGACUUCUUGGGAGCCAAAUUUGCACUGCAGCUGUUUUUAUUCCAUGUUGCCUCAUGAUGAAAUACUGUCCGUUGUCACACUCCUUCCGUGAAAUGAGGCGCAUACAAAAUGGAGUGGCAUCAUUGGGCCGCUUCUAUACUAAGCUGUGCUAGUUUUUGUCCCGCUCGAUUUUGACGUUUUUAUCCAUAAUUGCUACAGUGCCGCGUGUGUAUGUGCUAUUAUUUAAGUUAACCCUUUUUUUUUGGGGGGGGGGGCAAUAUUUGUACAUCUUCAAAAUACAUAUAUACUGCAGUAGCUGUGAAGCAAGACAUCUCAAUCAUUCCAAAACAACUUCCACGAUCGUCACAGUAUCGGUCACAUUUAUUUUUUUCAUGAUCGCAACGACAUUGUGACAUUGACGUUACAGUAAUCGCUUUCACGUGACACAAAUGAGGCGUCCCCGAUGAAACAGCCAAGCGACGGAUUGGAUUUGUGCGUAUUCAUCAGUUUGAGGACUCAUGUGCAGCAAGCCAGUGACCUCGUUGGCUGAUGGUGACAAAGCAUCAUCAUCGUAAUAGCCCAGUGACAUCUGGCCUAUUCUUUAGAGGUGUGUGUGUGUGUAUACACUGUAGUUUGCAAUACUCUACUGUACUUUGCUAUCUUUGACCACACGAGUGACAUUUUUAUUUUUUGUAUUUAUUAUUUGUAUCCAAACUGAAUGUAUUUUCCUCAUACAAGCCAGACAUCACAGUUUGGUGUGUAUGUGCAUUUUUUUUUUAAUCGAGGUCUAAUUUUUGCUGGAAAGUAAACAGGAAAAUUGCUGAAGACUGUGAGAUCAUUCGCAAAGAAAAACAAAUGGUUCCAUGUUCCGAAUGAGUCACGCGCCCUUUCAAUCCAAUGUUCUGAAUGGUUAAUUCAAAUGCUUUUCCUACCAUAGCCCAUUAAAAUGUUGCCAAGAUAACCAAUAUUCUUUUAAAAAUGUAACAUUAACAUAUAUCUUGCCACCUUUGCUAUUGUCCGAUUCAGAAGACAAAUAAAAGGAAACGGCUCACUGCCAAUGAGCAAAAUAUGAAUAAUUCUGGGAUAACUAUCCUACGGAAGAGGAUUAGGGCCAACGAAGAAAGAAAAAAUAAGGUUGGCAAGAUUCUCACUUUAAUCUCAGAAUUCUGACUUUAAAGUCAGAAUCUUGCCAACCUUAUUUUUUCUUUCUUCGUUGGCCCUAAUCCUCUUCCGUACUAUCCAUACGUUAAAAAAUGGAACAAUUAUGUUAACUCAGAGAAUUCUCUGUCACAGAGAAAAAGACCCCCCAGCAUAGAAUGAAGAAAAUGUUUGAUGUAGAAUAACAAGGUCUUAGUGCACUUUAUAAACUAAUGUCAGGCCAGUUUUUUUAUUUAAAUCGAGAUGCUUCAGGAGAAGAUGUUGCUCACUUUUUCGUUAAAUUGUAUAUUUAUAGAUACUCUUCAUUAUUAAAUCCAGCAUAUACUUGUUUGCCAAAAGUUAUCGAACAAAUCGAUUGCGAUGACGACUGUGCCAUGAAGCGCUUUAAAUGUUGGAUUCGUAGUUGAUGCGUUUAUCCGGUGGCCUUUUGCUUUCUGCACCACCUUUAAAAUAAGGCUGCUCUGCAAGUUUCAUUCAUGACAUGUCCACAUUUUGAAGAGACUUGAGGUUUGAACGAGCGCAUGUGACGCAAGCUGAACUAAAUAAAUCACUUUAUAAACAAGAAACGGUCACGACUCGCCAUGUUGCCUCAUGUGUUUGACAAUUGCGAGCGCAAUACAUGCACACUUUGUUUUAUACAAAUGAUCUGUUGUUUUGUUACCGUCUACUCGUGACGCGUGGAGGACGGCCGUGGCGGCGAGAUGAAUGUUUGCGAGAAAUAAAGCACCUUCCAGGAA